GUUUUGCAGCGAAAGAGUUGAAGUUUAUAGAAAUUUUAUUGGUGCGUGAAUGUUUUAUUGUUCGUAAAAAAUGAUGAUAAAACCACUAAUUAUUUUCCUGUUUGCGAUGGCUAGGCAAAGUACUUUCGCGCAAGAGCAGUUCCAACCCAAUUUCGACGACCUUGAACGAAGGUUAGUAAGACUGGAAUCUCGUCAGAUUCUUGAUGCCGAAAGACUGGAGCAAAGUCUAAUCCGCUUGGAAAAGCAGCUGGGAACUGCAAAGGUGGAGAAACAACUCAAUCCGAUCGAUGUAAGCUCAAGAUCCAAUUCCUUGGGCUUAUCAAGGAAAACAGAGGAGAUUGAGGAGGAGGGAUUCAGCUUGAAGGAGGAAUUGGGCGACCGCGUAGCCAAAUUGACUGCCUUAUAUGACGUCUUUUUGGGGAAGCUCUCUGAAAUCGAAAAACGAGUCGCGGAAAACAAACCUAGAGAAUUGAAGAAGGAAGUUGUUUUCGAAAAGAUUGGUGAAAAGUACUACUACAUCGAAAACUCUACAUACUCGCACUGGGAUGGGGCUGUAAAAAGAUGUCGAUCACUUGGAGCCAACCUAUUUAGUCCCCAAAAUGAACUUGAAUGGACCAUGCUAACGGACAGAUUGGACCCGAUCAGUAACUAUUGGGUGGAUAUCCAUCGAGUCGGUGGAAUGUUUGUGUCCGAAACCACCGGAAAGGAGCCUGCUUUCUUCAAAUGGAGGGAAGGCCAAAUUCAUUUCUUUUUAAUGUUCUGCGUGCAAAUGGUACCAAAAUAUCAGCAUAUGACCGAUGCAAAGUGCUCGGACAGCAACAAUUUUAUCUGUGAGAGAACUUCAAAACCUACUACUAACAAGUUGGUUGGAAUAGAACAGUGAUGAAUGGUAUUAUUAGACGGGAAAACGAUUCGACAACUUAAAAAUGUUUAUUAUUAAAUACUAGUUUUCAUACCAAUUGUCCUAUUAUUUUACUAUUUUCAA